AUGGUUGGCAGUGUCAAAUCGGCACUAAAGAAAGCUAUAUUCAAGAAGAGGAUUAAUUCUGACGAACUGAAUACCAUUGUCACUGAGAUAGAGCGUCGUAUUAACAAUAGACCUCUUACAUAUGUGGAUGCUACAUCUACAGAUACCAUCGAUGCCCUUACCCCUUCUCACCUGUUGUGCUAUCGGUUAAACUCGUUACCCACUACCAUAGACUGGGACUACCUGAAUGACCCAGAUUUUGAGCUUGACCACAAACAAUGUAAUGAGAGAUUCAAGUUUGUAUCUCAGGUAAUACAUGCAUUCCAAGAACAGUGGGAGAAGGAAUACUUGCAGUCCCUAAGAGAUAGACACUAUUUCAACGGGGAUACAACCCAACCGUUCCAAACUAAGAUUAAAGUAGGAGAUGUGGUGUUAGUACAUAAUGACACCCCUCGUUGCAUGUGGAAAUUGCCAAGGGUCAUUCAGCUGAUGCCCAGCGCUGAUGGACUGGUCAAAGUUGUGAAGCUACAGACCGGCAAUGGAGAGACAACUAGGUCAGUUGACAAACUUUACCCACUGGAGGUCUCUAAGCCAGAGGAUGUGUAUACUGUAGAUGCUGCGGAGCAAAAUUUAGGAGGCAGUAAAAAUUCUGAAGGCUAUCAAGCAGAAGAAGAGAGACCGAAGAGAUGA